UCUCUCUCCAUCUCUCUCCCUUCUCUCUUCCUCUCCCAUAUUUCAAUAUUUCAUUAAUCUCUCUCUCCUCCAAUACACAAAACAAACUCAAAAUUUAAAUUUAAAAUUUUUUGCUUUCUUUUUCCUUUUUUUGUAUUAAGGCAAUGAAAAAUAGCAUAAGAUGCUGCAUAUCCUGCAUUCUUCCUUGCGGAGCUCUUGAUGUAAUUCGCAUAGUCCACUCCAAUGGCUACGUCGAAGAAAUCACCGGCUCCAUCAAAGCUUCCGAUGUCAUGAAAGCCCAUCCUAAACACGUCCUUAAAAAGCCCUCCUCCCCUUCCUCCUCCGCCGCUCACGACGCCGCCUCUGCCCUCCCCAAGAUCGUCAUCGUCCCACCCGAAGCUGACCUCCAACGCGGUAAGAUUUAUUUCCUCAUGCCACUCCCUCCCGACCCCGACAAGCCCCGCCGAAGAAAGAAGAGAGAAUAUUCCAAUAAUCAUCAUCGAACAACAACCGCCGCCUCCACCGCCUCCGCCGUACCCGACACCACCACCAACAGCAUUUCCAUGACUAAUCUCCUCGUUUCCGAUCACUACCUCUCCGAAAUACUCUCCGACAAAGCUUCCACCCACCGCGAACGGCGGCGCGGCCGUGUCGGUGUCUGGAGACCUCACUUACAAAGCAUUUGUGAAUCACCCAGUGAUAUCUAAAAAAAAACGGCUAUUCAGGUUGUGGGUUUUUCUUCUUCUUCUUCUUCUUCUUCUUCUCUUCUUUUUUUUUAAACAUAAAUAUAUAUAUCAUCAUAAUUAAAUUCCAUUUCUUCUACAUAUCAUGAUCGUUCAUAAAUAAAUUUUUUAGCAAAAAACUUUUUUUCUAGAGGGAUCUGAAUUUUAAUUAAGACCUAAUGUGGUAAUUAAAUCUCAUUAGUUACAGAUUUAUGCUUAAUUAAUUUCCAGAGUUUUAUUUUUUUGAAUUUGUGGAGAAUUUUGAGUGCUUGUAGAGAGAGAAGUCAUGUGUGUAUGUGCAUGAACAUAAUUUUGAGUGAUUGUGAUAUGAUGAUAUGAUUGUACAGCCUCCAAUUAUCUACCUUUCUUUUCUUUUCUUUUC